AUGUUCGGGUCGAAAUCAACGCGGAAAAACUUGAGCACAAUAAUCCAGGAUGACGAAAAAUACUUGGGAGCAAAAGAAGGACUCCACAAUCUGCUGCCCAAGUGGUUUUUUGUCCUACGUAAUGACAGCUGGUGUGAAUUAAUGGAUUCGCUUUUGGAUCCUCUGCAAAAUGCUCCUCUAAACAAACAUCUCGCUUAUGUUUUAAUAGACCAAAUUGUUCUAACACUUUUUCCCGAAUUGUCUCGUCCCCAAAGCAUCCUGAAUAUCACUAAAGAACUUAGUAACAACAAAAGCCAUGAGCCAGUUGAAGAGACAAGCGCUGCUUCCAGCGACACUCUUGACCUGAGGCAGCCAGCCGAUGGAGUCGACCCCGGCGGUGUUGUGGAUCUUCAUGUUGAAGUAGACUCCGAGGACGAGGGUAGUAAGACACAUGGCAACGCUGGAGAUCAGGAGCAGCAUUCUCCUGCCAAGUCGGUCGACAAUCAGCGUGCUGACGAAGACAGCGACCACUUGCAUGGUUCCAACGAUGAUUGUCGCUACGCUGGAGUUCAGGGUGCUUCCAGCGGUUUCGAAGAUGGAGCCAGAGUAGAAAAUAAUCGCGUUGACUCCGCUGAGCUGCUGGAAGAACAUCAGCCCGAAAGCGAUCAUCAGUCCCUUAAUCGCCGCUUUUGA